AUGUCUGCUCAGCACACUGCUCUUAUCAUCCCCGCGACUGGCGCAGACUUCCAGCUCACCCAGCGUGCCACACCCAAACCCGGCCCCGGUCAAGUCCUGGUACGAAACGAGAUGGUGGCCUUGAACCCGGUGGACUACGUUAUCCAGGGUCCGUACGGUCCCCGCCUUUGGAAAGACUUCCCGGCCGUUGUCGGCAGCGAUGGUGCGGGAAAGAUUGCUGAACUUGGCGAGGGAGUCACCGGAUGGAAAGUCGGAGACAAGGUCUUCUACCAGUCGGUCUUCGAGUCUGACCGCGGCACGUUUCAAGAGUUGACGAUCGCGGAUGCGGCGCGUAUCGCCAAGGUGCCGAAGAACCUGUCGUAUGAGGAGGUUGUCACUCUGCCGCUCGGUCUUGCCACCGCUGCCAUAGGCGCAUACAAGCCUAGGCACUCAGAGGUUCGCCCCGCGGAUAAGCAUGAUAUCGGUGGCGCGGGUCUCACCCCGCCGUGGGAGGCGGAUGGACGGGGAAAGUACGCCGGACAAGUCGCCGUGAUCAUGAGCGGCUCAAGUUCUGUCGGUCAAUUCGCCAUUCAACUCGCCAAGCUGGGCGGUUUCAGCAUCAUCGUCACAACGGCCUCCAAGCACAAUGAAGAGUACUGCAAGAGCGCCGGAGCGACGCAUGUCCUUGACUACCACGAUGUGCCAUACCCGGAGCUUCCCGCCACCGUGAAGAAGAUCGCGGGAGACCUGCCGAUUACCUAUAUCUACGAUGCGGCGACCACGCCGGAGUCGCAGAAGGCUGGUUGGGACGUACUUGCUCCCGGUGGUGCCAUCGUGGUCGUCAAUGUCCCAUCGAAGGACAUCGGUGCGCCGGGAAAGGACGACGAGAAGGGAAGGCGCGCUGUCUGGGUGUAUGGCGGCUCAAACGAGCCUGAUCACCAGGAGUUCGGAACGGGCAUGUAUGCGGCACUCACAGAGAUGCUCGAGAAGGGCGAGCUCAAGCCCAACAAGGUUGAGGUCAUCGGGCAUGGCUUUGAAGCCAUCCCAGACGGCCUCGCUAGGCUCCAGAAGGGAGUUAGCGGGGUCAAGCUUGUCGUGACGCUUUGA